UCAGGGGCCAGAGUCGCGCUGGUCGACUACGAAUCGCCCGAGUCACUUCGAGACGCACUCAGAGGAGUCGACGCCGUUGUGUCUGCCCUAGGCAAAAAGACCGGCCUGGAAUGCCAGCUUAAACUCAUCGACGCUGUGGUAGCUGCCGGGGUGAAGCGUUUCAUACCCUCCGAGUUCGGGGCCGAUCUGCAGAAUCCCAAGAUUCGGGCGUUUCCCACGUACCACACCAAGGUCCAGACCGAGGAGUACUUGGAGAAACUUGCUAAAGAGAACGAGCUUACUUAUACGUACAUAUACAAUAGUCUGCUGCUAGACGAUGGACUCGAUCUGAACGUGUUCGCCGACUUUACCGCCAGGACAGUCAAUAUCUACGACGGCGGAGGUACUGCAUUUUCCACCGCAAGCAUCAGUACUGUUGCGAGAGCAGUAGUGGCCGUCUUGAGAAACUUUGAAGCGACGAGGAACAGAGCUAUCCGCAUCCAAGACUUGUCAACCACGCCACGCGACUUGCUCCAGACGCUUCAGAGGCUCGACGCGGGACACGACUGGACACCCGUUGCCGUCGACACUGAGGUCCUGGUCAAGAAAGCACAGGAAGACUUGGCUUCGGGAAUAUUCAGUCCAAGGGCCUUUGCCGCCUUUGCAACGAGGGCGACCUUUGCGCCUGGGCUUGCGAGCACUUAUGAUGCUGACAUGGAUCGAUUGGGCCUCACAGAGAUGACCAGGGAUGAAUUUGAGGGCUUAUUGAAGGAGCGGCUGGUGUGA